UCUUUUCAAAUAAAAUUCAAAUCUACUGCCAUUACAAAAUUUGACUCUUGUGGUAAUGGCGCGAAAAUCAAUUUCAAAAUAGUGACAUACUAACCAGCAAGUUUCCAAUCUAUUAGGUUAGGCUAAUAAUGGUCAUUGUUAGACCUAACCUAAAAUGCUUGUAUCAUCUUAAAGAAAUGCUUUUCUACUUUUUUUUUUAUAAAUAAUUAAAAUAUUAUAAAUUAAACGAUAAAAAUAAUUUUUAAAAAAUGACAACAAAAAGGAAACCUGAUACACAAGUACCGGCAGAGGAAAGUGAUUUACUUUCAAUUCGGCCACUUGGUGCUGGCCAAGAGGUUGGGAGAUCAUGUAUUAUGUUGGAAUUUAAAGGGAAAAAAAUAAUGUUGGAUUGUGGUAUACAUCCAGGAUUAUCAGGUAUGGACGCUCUACCAUUUGUAGAUUUAGUAGAAGCAGAUGAAAUAGAUCUAUUAUUGAUCUCCCAUUUUCAUUUGGAUCAUUGCGGUGCAUUACCAUGGUUUUUACAAAAAACAAGUUUUAAGGGACGUUGCUUCAUGACACAUGCAACUAAAGCGAUUUAUCGUUGGCUUUUAUCUGACUAUAUCAAAGUUAGUAACAUUGCUACUGAACAAAUGUUGUACACCGAAUCUGAUUUAGAAACUAGUAUGGAUAAAAUAGAAACUAUUAAUUUUCAUGAAGAAAAAGAUGUCUUUGGUAUAAAGUUUUGGGCAUACAAUGCUGGACACGUAUUAGGAGCUGCUAUGUUUAUGAUUGAAAUAGCUGGUGUCAAAAUUUUAUAUACUGGAGAUUUUAGUCGUCAAGAGGACAGGCAUUUAAUGGCUGCAGAAAUACCAAACAUUCAUCCAGAUGUAUUGAUAACUGAGUCUACCUAUGGAACACAUAUUCAUGAGAAGAGAGAAGACAGAGAAGGAAGAUUUACUAAUCUAGUUCAUGAAAUAGUCAAUCGUGGUGGUAGAUGUUUAAUACCAGUCUUUGCAUUAGGAAGAGCACAAGAACUUCUUCUUAUUUUGGAUGAAUAUUGGAGUCAACAUCCUGAAUUACAUGAAAUUCCAAUUUAUUAUGCAUCUUCUUUGGCCAAAAAAUGUAUGGCUGUUUAUCAAACAUACGUUAAUGCAAUGAACGAUAAAAUUAGACGACAGAUUGCCAUCAAUAAUCCUUUUGUAUUCAAACACAUUUCUAAUUUAAAGGGUAUCGACCAUUUUGAAGAUAUUGGACCAUGCGUAGUUAUGGCAUCUCCUGGUAUGAUGCAAAGUGGUUUGUCAAGAGAAUUAUUUGAAUCUUGGUGUAUUGAUGCUAAAAAUGGUGUUAUAAUAGCUGGUUAUUGUGUAGAGGGUACACUAGCUAAAACUAUUUUAUCAGAACCAGAAGAAAUUACAACAAUGUCUGGACAAAAAUUACAAUUAAAAAUGUCUGUAGAUUACAUAUCAUUUUCUGCUCAUACAGAUUAUCAACAAACAUCAGAAUUUAUAAGAAUUUUAAAACCACCACAUGUAGUACUUGUACAUGGUGAACAGAAUGAAAUGGGAAGAUUAAAGGCUGCUUUGCAACGAGAAUAUGAAGAUGAUCCAAACACUACUAUGGAAAUUCAUAAUCCUAGAAAUACAGUUGCAGUAGAGUUAUAUUUCAGAGGAGAAAAAACUGCUAAAGUUAUGGGAACGUUGGCAAUGGAAACACCUAAUCCAGGACAAAAAUUAUCCGGUGUUUUGGUCAAACGUAAUUUUAAUUAUCAUAUGUUAGCUCCUUGUGAUUUAUCAAAGUAUACAGAUAUGAGUAUGAGUCAAGUUAUCCAAAGACAAAGUGUUUAUUUCUCAUCUUCGUUACCUGUAUUAAAACAUCUCUUAACACAAAUAGCUGGUACUUUGGAAGUCAUAGAUGAUAAAAAAUUAAGGGUCUUUAAAAACAUUGAUGUAACCAUUGAUGGGAAAAUUGUUACAAUGGAAUGGGUAGCAACACCAGUUAAUGACAUGUAUGCUGACUCUGUUUUGACUGCAAUAUUGCAAGCUGAGAUGAUGGAACAACCUCCUAAAAUGUUACCUGCACCAACUAAAAUGGAUAGGAUGCAUUUCAAAGAAUGUCUUAUUGAAAUGUUACAGGAAAUGUUUGGUGAAGACUCUGUUCCUAAAAUUUUCAAAGGAGAAAAGUUAUAUGUAACUGUUGAUGGUAAAAAAGCCCAUAUAGAUUUACUAAAUUUAGAAGUUACCAGCAAAGAUGAUGAAACUUUUCAACAAAUAGUACAAACAGCUGUAAUGAAGUUACAUCAAUCGUUAGCACCACCAUGCGAUACGAUAUAAUUAAAAUUACGUUUGAGAUAUUUUUAUAUUCUCUGUCAUCACAGCAAAUAUAUUUUAU